UUGUGUAUACAAAAUGUAAUUUAUGAGAGCACGUGGCUUUUAAAAUUUUGUUGUUUUAACAUUUUAUUAUUUAACUUGAAUGGUACUAGUUGAGAAAUUAUGGAUUUGUGAAUAUUGUUUUAAUUAUGAAAAAACAGUGAAGUGAUGAAAAAUGCUUAGAAGCUGCCAAGUGAUUUUAAGGGACGUAAAUAAUGUUCCGAAAUCAAAGCAGCUCCAAAAUUAUGAAGAGGAAUGUUUGGAGUUUUCCGGAGUGAAUAGUGAAAAACUGCCGGACAGAGUUUUGGAAGAAAGUUUCAAAGUUCCCGUAGUGAUCAUUGAAAAAUUACCAAAAGGAUUUGAAGGGGAAAAUUUAAAAUCUUCCCGUUUGAACAAAAUUUACGAAAAUUCUUUUAAAUUUCCGAUAGUUUGUCUCGAAAAAUUGCGAGAAGUACAUAAAGUAAAUAAUGCGAUCCAAGUGGAAAAUUGGAACGAGAAAUUCGAAUUUUUAAAAAUUCCUACGGUAGAAAUUGAAAAACUCUAUUGGUGUAAGCAAUGUCGAAGAAAUUUUAAAUCCAAUCGAGAAUUACAAGAUCACAUAGACACAGAAGAUAGAGAACAUUAUUUUGACAAAAAUGAAGAAGAAGAGGAAGAACAAGAAGAAGAAGAAGAAGAUGAAAAUGAUGAAAUUGACGUCUUAGAAAGUUCUUCAAAUUUUGACAGCGAUGAAGAAUUUUUCGAAUCUACGCAAUUUCAACGAAAUGCGUCUCAUGAUGAAGAGGAAAAAGAAAAUGAAAAAACAAACAAAGAAGAAGAAGAAGGAGAAGAAGAAGAAGAAGAAGGAGAAAAAGAGGAAGAAGAUGUAGAAAUAGAUAUUGAAGGAAGUUCAGAUGAAGAUUUUUCCGAAUCCUCUCAAAUUCAAAACAAAAGAUAUGAUUCAACUGAUUCCGUAUCUCCCAGUAAAACUGAAGUUCUAAGAGAACAAAACGAAAUUCAAACUAGUCAAGAAGAGGAAAUUGUCCCCGAAUCUUUGCAAUAUUGGAGAAAUAUUUGGAAUGAUCCUUUAUUAUACGAAAACGGCGAUAUUGAGGAAAUAGAAAUCAUUCAGAAUUCAAGUGAGGAAAGUUUUCCGACGUCGCCGCAAAAUCAAAUAAGUAUUUUGUACAAUCAUUUACAAUCACAGAAGGAAAAUGAUAAAGUCGAAAAUACAAACAAUUCCCCCAAUUCAUCACAAAAUUGGAGAAACAAUUCUGCAGAUCCUUUACAAUCGUUAAUUGAAAAUGAGAGUAAUGAAAAAAUAGAAAUUAGAAAACAGCAACGGGAGAAAAAUAUUUCCAACUCUCCACGAAGUCGAAAAAAUAUCAUAGAUCCUCUAGAAUCGUUGAUGGAAAAAGAGGAUAAUGAAGAAAAAAAGAGGAAAAGUCCAGGAGAGAUAACUAUUUCAAAUUCGCCACAAAGUCUACUUAGAGAUCCGUUUCCCUCUCUUAGUGAAAAUGAUAAUGAUGCUGAUGAAGAAGAAAAGGAAGAAACGUUUACAAAGGCGAAUUUUUCCAAUUCCCCACGAAAUCGACGAAAUAUUUUUAAAGAUCCUCUGCAAUCUCUGAUCGAAAAUGAAAAUAAUGAGGAAACGGAAAUUAGAAAACAGCGCGAAGACAAAUAUUCCAAUUCACCACAAAGUCGAUGGAAUAAUUUUAAAGAUCCUCUAGAAUCUCUUAUUGAAAAUGAAGAGAACGACGAAAUAGAAACUAGAAAACAGGGUGAAAAAGAAUUUGCCACUUCACCAGAAAGUCGAAGAAUUAAAUUUAAAGACCCUUUACAAUCCCUGAUUGAAAAUGAAGUGAAUGAAAUAAAAUUCAAAAAAAGUUCACGAGUUAAAAAUAUUCUAAACUCGCUACGAAGUCGUUUAAAAAAUUCCCCACUCUCUUUUAGUGAAAACGAAGAAGCAGAAAAUGAAGAAGACGAAGAAGAAGAAGAAACAUUUACGAACACUUCUCAAUCACGAAAUUGGCGAAAUAUUUUUAAGGAUCCUUUACAAGAUCUAAUUGAAAACGAAGACAACGAAUUAGAGGAAAUUAGAAAACUAAAUUCCAUUCCAUACUCGUUGCGAGAUCGAAAGAGUCGACCAAAAUAUUCCCAACUAUCUACUAGUGAAAAUGAAGAAGAAGAAGAAGGAAAGGAAAAAGGAGAAAGAGAAGAACCAAAAAUUAGAAAAAAGUCCCGAAGAAAUCCAAAUUUAAUUUCGCAAGAAAAUCGAGGACGUCUCGAAAAUUCCCGCAACUCUCUCAGUGAUAAUGAAGUUACUGACGAAAUGAAAAAUUCCCUCUACACUUGUGACAUGUGUUUAAUGGAAUUUAACGAAAAACAAUCACUAGAAACUCACGUUCUAAAGCAUUUAGACGAGAAAAUGUACAAUUGUGACAAGUGCGGAAAAAAAUUUGUCGAACCUUCAAUUUUGAAAAUUCACAUGGCUUUCCAUGCGAAUGACAACUAUUUUCGUGAUAGCAAUCUUAGAAUGAAAAUUGAUGACACCCGCUAUAAGUGUUAUAUUUGUGAUGUAAAUGUGAGUACAGAAAAAAUUUUAAACUCCCAUUUGCUCGGACAUUUGGGCGUUAAACCUUUCGAGUGUCACAUUUGCCUUCAGAGACUAACAACAAAGUCCUCUCUUCUCUCACAUUUGACAAUUCAUAACAACGAAAAACCCUUCUCUUGUGACAUUUGCUCGAAAUCAUUUCGUAGAUUGGACUACGUCAAGUUUCACAAAAGAAUACACAUGGUAAAAAGACCGUACGAAUGUCAAUUUUGCGACAGAACUUUCAGUUGUAGUUAUGAUUUGAAAAAUCAUAUGUUCUACCAUACGGGAAUAAAACUUUAUCAAUGCUUCCAUUGUAAUAAAGGUUUUUCAAGAAAGAAAAAUCUCUCCGAACAUUUAAUUUUUGCUCACCAAAAUGAAAUGCUGGAAAAUUGUAGACAAUCGAUUGCUAAUUAUUCAAAUUAUUCGUUUCAGAAAAGUGGUGUCGAUGAGAAUUUGGAGGAGACGAAUUUCAAUUUUUCAACUUCAAUGACAUUGGAUAAAAAUAUUGAUUCGGGAGUUCAAGAAGAAUAUUCUUCGAUGCCGAGGAAAAAAUUGAGAAUUAGUUGGAAUUCCGAAUUUAAUUUGAAACGAGGAUUGAAUUUUAUUUCGGAAAAUGAAUCAAAUAUUCAAAAGAGGCAGCAAAAGAACUUAGGAACGUCAAAUUGGAAUUUUGAAGGGGAUUUACGUGAAACGAUGAACAACAAUUUUGAAAAUGGUGCAAAUAAAAGUGUUACUUCAAAUAUUUUAGAGACGCCGAAGGAGAAAAUGGAAACAAAAAUGAAUUUUGAUUUUUUCAAAGUGAAUUAUUAUUCUGAAAGGGAAUCGAAUGAGAAUGUUGAUUCGAAUAUUCAGGAGACGCAAAAGAAGACAAUGGAAACAUCGAUAAUAAAUGUUAAUUCAAUUUCCGAAGUCGAGUUUUCCAAAGGGAAUUUUUAUCCUCGAGUGGAAUCAAAAGAAAAUGUUGAUUCGAACAUUCAAGAAGAGCCAAAGGAAACAAUGGAAGCAGCAAUAAUAAAUGUUAAUUCAAUUUCCGAAAUGGAGUUUUCCAAAGGGAAUUUUUCUUCUGAAAUAAAAUCAAUUGAAAAUGAUUCGAAUAUUCAAGAAGGACUUCGAGUACCAAGAAAGGAACAAAUGGAAACAUCGAUUAUAAAUGUUAAUUCAAUUUCCGAGCUGGAGUUUUCCAAAGGAAAUUUUUAUCCUCAAAUGGAAUCAAAUGAAAAUAUUGAUUCGAAUAUUCAAGAAGAGCCGAAGGAGAAAAUGGAAACAACAAAAAUAAGUGCAGAUUAUGAGGACGAAAUGGAGUUUUCCGAAGAAAAAUUUUCUUCUCAAAUGGAACCGAAAGAAAAUGUUGAUUCGAAUAUUCAAGAAGAGUCAAAGGAAAAAAUGGAAGUGGAUUUUUCCAAAGGGAAUUUUUCUUCCGAAAUAAAAUCAAUUGAAAAUGAUUCGAAUAUUCAAGAAGGACUUCAAGAACCAAGAAAGGAACAAAUGGAAACAUCGAUUAUAAAUGUUAAUUCAAUUUCCGAAGUUGAUUUUUCCAAAGGGAAUUUUUAUCCUCAAGUAGAAUCAAACGAAAAUAUUGAUUUGAACAUCCAAGAAGAGCCAAGUGGAGAAAUGGAAGUAUUAACAAUUAAUUCCGCCAUCGAAGUGGAAUUUCCCAAAGUAAAAUUAUCUUCUCAACUGGACAGAAACAAAAAUAUUGCAUCGAAUAUUCAAGAAAAUUUUCAAGAUCCAAGAAAGCAGGAAAUGGAGACAUCGAUUGUAAAUGUGAAUUCAAUUUCCCAACUGGAGUUUUCCAAAAUAAAUUUCCAUUCCCAAAUGGAAUCGACUGCAAAUACUGAUUCGAAUAUUCAAGAAGCGCUGAAGGAAAAAUCGAAAAUUAAUUCGACACCCGAAUUUGAUUUAAACCAAGAAACCAAUUUUCAUUCUGAAUCCGAUUCGAAGAAAAUUCCUGCUUCGAUUAAUCAGGAAACAGUGAAUGAAAAAUCGUCAAUUAUUGUCUCAAAUUCCAAAUUUGAUUUACAAGAAAAAUUUCAUUUUCUUUCUCAAAAGGAAACAAUUGAUUCGAAUCGGAUUUUAAAUAAUAAUUUAAAUAAUCAAAAGAAAUCGAAAGAAUUGAAAAUUAGAAUAAUAGAAAAGAAGACGAAAAAAAUUUACUUCAAAUGCUACUUUUGUGAUUUGGUAUUUAAAGAACGAAUUUUACAGUAUAAACACGAGGUGAAUUGUCAUAAAAUUCAAAAAGAAGGGGAAAAAUUAUUAAUAAAUAAUCAAAUAGUAAAUAAAGAAAAUGGUGAUUUAGAAUUCGAGGCAAAAGAUAUUGGAAUAGAAUUUUCCUAAGGAAUUUCUUUUUCUUAAGAAAGUAAUUUUUGUGAUAACAAUGUAA